AUGCCUCCAGUCCUCAUCUUUCUGGCUUUCUUUGUGCCCUCUCGUUUGGCCUCCUCGUUUGUUGCCAUGGUCACAGUACCCACGCUGUCUCUGCUAUUGGCCCUGGUAGAAUGGGCGGGUCAGACUAGCUCCUCCCCUCAUCUCUUGCUCCGACCCAGAGAGCGUGAACGGGACCCAGUGGCAUCAAUGCACUUCAACAUCGCAGUGAUCCACGCGGGCUCAACGGUUCAACAAGGGGAAGCAGGGGCCGCCGCGGCUGCGGGGAGGGUGCCGUACCCAGGUUUCGGACGUGUGCACAGCAGCUUUGGAGAGAGCGUCGUUACCCAGUGGGGAUCUGCAAAUGUAAUCUGGCUCCAGGUGAAUGACAGCAGUCCCAGGACGCUGCUCUCUCAACUGUGUGACCUGCUGGCAGCCAGACCCCUUCAGGGACUUGUGUAUGAGGAUGAGAGACCCCUCCCGCUUGCCACCGGCCCCCUGGCCCCGAUGCUAGAGUUCGUCUCAGCCCAGACCGGCCUCCCCAUUGUUGCUGUGGGAGGGGGUGCAGCUCUGGGCAGGGUACCACAGGAGACCGGCUCAAUCUUCCUGCAGUUCAGCUCUUCCACCGCACUCCAAUUGGAGGUGAUCUUUGAGGUACUGGAGGAGUAUGAUUGGACGGCCUUCUCGGUGGUGUCCACCCGUCACCAUGGCUACCAGGACUUUCUGUCGGUGGUGGAGGGUUUGACCGACGGGUCCUUCAUCGGCUGGGAAAAGAAGAGCAUAGUAAUGCUGAAUUUAACCGAUGACCCGGGAGGAGUGCGCACACAGCGGUUGCUGAAGGAGAACGAAGCACAGGUGCGGUUGUUGUACUGCUCUCAGGAGGAAGCUGAACAGGUGUUCCUCGCCGCUUGGGCAGCUGGUCAGGCCGGCGCGUCCCAUAUAUGGUUCGCAGUGGGUCCGGCUUUGUCCGAACUGGGCCUGACCGGACUGCCCAAACGCCUGUUCGCGGUUAGACCACAGGGCUGGAGGGACGAACCCCGCAGACGUAUCGCCCGUGGGGUGUCCAUCCUUACACAUGGAGCCGUGGCGCUGCGCAAGGACUACGGAGCCACUGGAGGGCCACACUUUGUCACCAACUGCCAGACGGAUGGCAACAGAACACAGAGGAUCCGCGGAAGAAUGAGGUAUUUCAGUAACAUCACUCUCGGUGGGCGGGACUAUUCCUUCAGUAACGAGGGCUACCUGGCCAAUCCCUUUCUGGAUGUCAUCUCCUACACGCCUGGGAGUGGCUGGGAAGACGUAGGAUGGUGGGAAAAUGGUGUGUUGCGUCUGAGGUAUCCUGCGUGGUCUCGCUAUGGACCAUUCCUGCAGCCGCCCGAUGAUGCCCAGCACCUGAGGGUCGUGACCCUGGAGGAGAGGCCCUUUGUUAUCGUGGAGCUUGCAGACGCUGCCUCUGGAACCUGCAUCAGGGAUUCUGUGCCAUGCAGACGGCCUCUCAAUGCCAGUGCUCUUCAGGAAGGGGUAGCCCCGGUGAAGCAGUGCUGCAAGGGUUUCUGCAUCGACAUCCUCAAGCGCCUGGCCAGAAUUGUGGGCUUCACCUAUGACCUCUACCUGGUGACCAACGGCAAGCACGGGAAGAAGAUUGACGGGGUUUGGAACGGGAUGGUGGGAGAGGUUGUGUACAAGCGGGCAGAUAUGGCGAUUGGCUCUCUGACCAUCAAUGAGGAGAGGUCAGAGGUGGUGGACUUCUCUGUGCCCUUCGUGGAGACGGGCAUCAGCGUCAUGGUGUCUCGCAGUAACGGCACCGUCUCUCCCUCUGCUUUUCUGGAGCCGUACAGCCCUGCGGUGUGGGUGAUGAUGUUUGUGAUGUGCCUGACGGUGGUGGCAGUGACCGUCUUCAUCUUUGAGUUCUUCAGUCCAGUUGGCUACAACCGCAGUCUUCAGAGUGGCAAGAAGGCCGGAGGUUCAAAGUUCACAAUUGGCAAGUCGAUCUGGCUUCUGUGGGCUCUGGUCUUUAAUAACUCCGUUCCGGUGGAGAACCCCAAAGGAACCACUAGCAAGAUCAUGGUUCUUGUGUGGGCUUUCUUUGCUGUCAUCUUCCUGGCCAGCUACACUGCCAACCUGGCUGCCUUCAUGAUCCAAGAGGAAUACAUUGACACUGUGUCUGGCCUCAGUGAUAAAAAGUUUCAGCACCCCACAGAGCAGUACCCCCCUCUGAAGUUUGGAACGGUCCCCAACGGAAGCACAGAGAAAAACAUCCGCAGUAACUAUCCAGACAUGCACCAGUACAUGGUCAAGUACAACCAGAAGAGUGUGGAGGACGCCAUCUCCCACCUCAAGACUGGUAAGCUGGAUGCCUUCAUCUACGACGCGGCCGUGUUGAACUACAUGGCUCGUAAAGAUGAAGGCUGUAAAGUAAUGACCAUCGGCUCAGGGAAAGUAUUCGCCACGACUGGAUAUGGCAUCGCCCUGAUCAAGAACUCCCGCUGGAAACGGCCAUUGGACCUGGCUUUACUGCAGUUGGUGGGCGACGAUGAGAUAGAGAUGCUAGAGCGUCUCUGGCUCUCAGGGAUCUGUCAUAAUGAUAAAAUUGAGGUGAUGAGCUCCAAACUUGACAUAGACAACAUGGCGGGUGUGUUCUACAUGCUGCUGGUAGCCAUGGGCCUAAGUCUCCUGGUCUUUGCCUGGGAACACCUGGUUUACUGGAGGCUGCGGCACUGCAUGAGCAAAAUGGGACAGUCUGGCAAAUUGGACUUCCUUCUCGCCUUCAGCAGGGGAAUGUAUAGCUGCUGCAGCUUUGAAGAUGAAACCGCACAAGGUGGGGCUAAAGUCACAGUUUCUGGCCACCAUCACACUGCCAUGGUUCCUACUUCUUCCUCACAUGUGGUCACUUCAGCUGUAUCCAAUCCAGCCAUUGCCAUGGUCCAGCAGCAGCAACAGCAGCAACCACAACAGCCUCAACCUCCUCAGUCUUACAAGACACCUCUUCCUGGAUCCCCUCCACCAAUUGUUCAUUCUGGAGCAGCCUUGGGUCCUGCAAAUACUCAACUUAUAGGAGCUCCCCUACCAUGCACUACUUUCUUACCCCGGCCAGAUCGCAGGCUGGCAGUUGUAGACCGGUGGAGACUACCCAAAACUGCUGGUGCCACCACUUCGAUGGGUGUAAGAGGGCCCUUAACGGAAACAGUACCCUUACCCCAAAAGGUGGCACCUACCUGGGCAAGUGGUGGAGGUACGGGUAGUGGUCUAGAUGGAUAUAAACGUUACUAUGGACCUAUUGAUCCAGAGGGACUUGGGCCAUGUGUGGACCAACAGACAGGUUCUCAAACUCCUAAAACAAUCCCCAGAGGUAGAGGGGUUAAAUCUCUGGGGACUCCCAGGCUUCCUCCUAAAAGCCAAACCCCAGCCCCACUGACACCUAACCCCCCACUGCAGCACCCCUCUCCCCCCCUCCCUUCAUCCUUCUGGAGAAAACGGCGACCAAAAAAGCCCAAAGAACCUGGUGGCCCACUGUACGAGAACAUCCUGCCUGGCCGGAGAGGUGGAGGUAGGGAAGCGAGUCGAAGACCGAGACCCUCUCCUCCUCUCCCCAUCCCUGUGCCAGUUACACUUUCCCCAUCCUACACUCCUCCUUCACCCUCACCUUCACUGCCCUACACUUCCACAUCAUCAUCCUCAUCCACCACUAGCUCUUCCACCACAUCUUCAGCCACAUCCUCACGCUCCACCUCUCCUUCAUCAACUACAACAGCUUCCAUCUCGCAGCACUCGAGACAGAGAGCUGAGGAGGAGGAUGAGGAGGAUUUGGAUGAGCUGACCGAAGAGUCUAGUCUUCUUCAGGGCCACAACAGAUCUAGGGACAGAGAGCGGUCUAUACUUUCCCCUAGAUCUCUUACUCAUGGACCUCCUCCUCCUAUACCGCCACGCAAACCAUGGGACAGAGAAAGAGAGAGAGGUGGAAGUCAGCUAGCACAGCUCCAGGAAUGGUGGGCAGGAUGGGGCAGAAAGAGAGAGGGACAGGAGAGAAGUGGUGGAACUCAAGGAGAUACCGAAAGGAAAAGAGAGAAGAAACGUAGGAAAGACAGGGAGAAGGAGAAAAAGAAGAAGAAAAAGAAAAACAAAAAAAGAAAAAAGAGGGAGGAGCGUGAAAGAGAAAGAGAAAGAGAGAGGAAGCGUCGUAAGGUAAAAAAGAAGAAAAAGAAGGCAAUGAAAACAAAAAAGAAGAAGAAAAUAUCUUCUGGUAAGCGGUCAGAGCCAGAGGAAGGUGAUAUUGAAGCAGAGAGAGAUGGAGAAGGGAUGGGUAUAGAGAAGGAGAGUACUCGUCAUUUCUACACACAUCGCAGUGCAUUUGUGGACAAAGGCAGCCUUUCAGCUUGGGAAGGGGAGAGAGAACGAGGGAGAAGAGAUGGAGUUGAAGAUGAUGGAGAUGAAAGAGAGGAUGAGAGUGGGGGAGGCAGAGGUAGAGAGAGAAGACCCAAAAGCUCCCAUUCGCGACAUAGACCUUCCAGUAAACGCUAUCCCAACCUUAACAAACUCCCCUCUUCAGUCAAAUUCUGGGUUAGUGGAGGAGAAGCAGGUGGCACGGAGGCCUCCGGACCCUCCCCUCCCUCAUCUUUACAUACUCUCCUCUCCUCAUCCAAGAGGCGGAGGAGUAGUGGGACAGAGAGAGAGGCAGAAGGGAGAGUAGGAGAGCGCCGACCACUGCUUCUCCACUACGAAAGAGGGAGAGUUAGCACAAGAGAAGGACUGUCCUUCCAUGAGUGGGACUCUGAGGAUGAGGACGAGGAAAGAGAAGAAGAGGAGAGAGAACGAGAGAGGGAGAGAAUAGAGGAGAGAGUACGGCGGGCAGGGCGAGGGGCAGUGUCAGAGUCAGAACGAGACAGAAUAAGAGCAGAGGAAAGCUUUUCUGAUGAGGGGUCCUCAGGAGAAUUUGGCUGUUUUGAGAGAUAUUGGGAGGGAACUGGAGUGGGUGGGGCCAGUGGAAUUGGGGGUGGUGGCUGGUUUUUUGGAACAUACCCUUCUCGAGAGAAAGGUGGAAGUGUUAACAGUAGAGAUGACUCUAUUUUGGGUCGGGCUGAAGGGUGGGGUGGGGCAGGUGAUUUUUGGGGUUCAGGUCCAGGGAUUGGAUGGGGUUCUGGAGGAGGCAGUGGAGGGCUGGGUUCACAGUGGCCACCCCCUCCAACUUCCCUGCCACCACCUCGCCGCUAUUGGUCAGUGGACAAACUACAGAUGAAGGGUGAGAAGCGUAGCCGCAGUGGGUCAAAGAGCAAAGGUCACAGAUCACGUGAUCGAAUGCAAGACACAGCAACUUGUACGUGUACACAGUAUGGGCAUGGUAGGCCCCAUGUGCACCACAAACACAGCAGCACUCAGUCCCAUAGUCAGGAGGAUCUGCUUCCCCACUGCCAUAGCUUCAGUGGAAGCUCUCGGUCCAAAGCACCCACUAAAUCUGACAAAUCCAAAUCUGGAAGUCAGUCCAACCUAAGCUCCCAGCAAGCCCAGCUUUCAGAACACAUACCCCAGCCAUCACCCUCCCCACCCCAGCCACUCCUGCCCUCAUUACCUGUACCUUCUGCUCCCAACUCUCUACCUAUGCCCAUUCCUCCUCCUCCAUCCUCUGCAUCCAUGUCCCCUCCACCCGUGCUCUCUCCCGGAGCUGGUUCCAGCUCCUCCCAGGCAGCCACCGCCAGUGCUAAGCUUCAGUACCAGAGACUUCGGUCUGUGCCCCAGCCAAGGCGAUUUUACUCCCCACACCUGCCACUCAAAGCCAAGAGUUUGUGCUCACGCCGUGGUUCUGCCCAUUUCUCCAGCCUAGAGAGUGAAGUAUGA